CCCGGCCUCCCUCUCCCAGCCAAACUGAAAGCCGGACCCCAGGCCGCUUCGCCGCCUCCCGGCCUCGCAGCCAGCGCUCCACCAUGGACAGUCCUGUUUUCACCUUAUAAAGAUGGCGGUGCGGGAUCGCUGCAACCUUUAGACUAAUGACUGUCCGAAACAUCGCCUCCAUCUGUAAUAUGGGCACCAAUGCCUCUGCUCUGGAAAAAGACAUUGGACCAGAGCAGUUUCCAAUCAAUGAGCACUACUUCGGAUUGGUCAAUUUUGGGAACACAUGCUACUGUAACUCCGUGCUUCAGGCAUUGUACUUCUGCCGGCCAUUCAGGGAGAAUGUGCUGGCAUACAAGGCCCAGCAAAAAAAGAAGGAAAACUUGUUGACGUGUCUGGCAGACCUUUUCCACAGCAUUGCCACACAGAAGAAGAAGGUUGGCGUCAUCCCACCAAAGAAGUUCAUUUCGAGGCUGAGAAAGGAAAAUGAUCUCUUUGAUAACUACAUGCAGCAGGAUGCUCACGAAUUUUUAAAUUAUUUGCUCAACACUAUUGCGGACAUCCUACAGGAAGAGAAGAAACAAGAAAAGCAAAAUGGAAAAUUAAAAAAUGGCAACAUGAAUGAACCUGUAGAGAAUAAUAAACCAGAACUCACCUGGGUUCAUGAGAUUUUUCAGGGAACUCUCACCAAUGAAACUCGAUGCUUGAACUGUGAAACUGUCAGUAGCAAAGAUGAAGAUUUUCUUGACCUGUCUGUUGAUGUGGAACAAAACACAUCUAUCACCCACUGUCUUAGAGACUUCAGCAACACAGAAACACUGUGUAGUGAGCAGAAAUAUUAUUGUGAAACGUGCUGCAGCAAACAGGAAGCUCAGAAAAGGAUGAGAGUGAAGAAGCUGCCCAUGAUUUUGGCCUUGCACCUAAAGCGGUUCAAGUACAUGGAGCAGCUGCACAGGUAUACCAAGCUCUCCUACCGUGUGGUCUUCCCACUGGAACUCCGACUCUUUAACACCUCCAGCGACGCUGUGAACCUGGACCGAAUGUACGACCUGGUUGCCGUGGUGGUUCACUGUGGCAGUGGUCCCAAUCGUGGGCAUUAUAUUACUAUUGUGAAAAGUCAUGGAUUCUGGCUUUUGUUUGAUGAUGACAUUGUAGAGAAAAUAGAUGCCCAAGCUAUUGAAGAAUUCUAUGGCUUAACAUCGGACAUAUCGAAAAAUUCAGAAUCUGGAUAUAUUUUAUUCUAUCAGUCACGAGAAUAACUUAAAGAACUGUGGGACUAAUUCACCUGCGAAAAACAACUCGCAGCACUGUUACUUGGUUUCCCUGCAGACUGUCUUCUUCCCUGGCAGCCCACCAUUACCUGAGGCACAGUGGUCUGACUGUGUUAGAAUUGCUCCCUUUGUUUCUCUACAUACAGCACUUCUUGUGGUUUUAUUUUCGUCUGCAGUAGUUAACUGCAAUCAGAUGGUAGUAAAGUUUAUCUGAAUAACAGUUGCUAAUUUUAGGAUGGGGUAAAUGCUGCGUCUGGCUAAUUUAGGAUGCCAUCUCUGAAUAUCUACAGUCUCCUUUGGGUCUUUGCUAAGCUUCCUAAAUGGUUUCUUGGAUUCUUCUUUUUAGUACAUUCCUUUAGUUCAUCACUGAAAACAUGAUGACCCACUUUCAGCUUCUCUACCUCUUUUGAUAGAGAACAGGAGAAUUGUGCAGCUCUUCACUUUUUAGAGCUGCAACUACAGCUUUAAGUUUGUGCAACUAGAAAUGUUUCAGAGUGAGUAAGCUUGAAGUUAAAAUCUUCCUCCAUGUGGGAUAGGGUGAAGAGAAGCUGUUCAGAGUGACUAGCAUUUACCCUGGGCUGUGCCUGCAUUGCCAGUAAAAUUCCAGGGGCCAAGCAGGUGUGGAGCUCAGGCAGGCAAAGCCGAGAGGAGGAAGCUUUCAUGAACAGUAAAAAAGUUAUCUUUCUUAUCUUUCUACCAAAACCAGGUUUCAGGAAAAUAACUCUAUGCCAUUUGUUUUUAGUGACAUUUUUCUUCUGUAAGGUCGUGUGAGUUGUAUUUAUUCUUUAUCUGGCACUGCUAAGUUUUCCAAGGUAUCUUUCCAGUCCUGCUGGUGUUUCGCCAUCUCUGGUGGCUGGGCUGAGAGCCCACAGCGACAGUGUCUGGCAUAACUCUCCUUAACUAGUCAGCACCAUUGCUGCUCACCAGGAAUAAUGAAGGCAACAGCAAACGUCUUUACUACCAUCGGCCACAUUGUACGACUGUUCACCUUUCAACAUUUCAGCCUGGUUACUGAGACCCUGGCAAGUCCUAGGGCUAAGAUGGAAUCUCCCCUCGGGUUUCUACUGGAAUUAACUGAGUAAGAAGAUGGUUCAAAGAAAGUGUCAGUGGGCAGGUGGAGAAAUGAACAAAAUGGCGGCAAUGCUUUGGACUUCCUAGAAUGCUUGACAAGAUGGAGUUGGUUUUUUUUCUUUUGGAAGAACCUCAUCUCACCAGUUAUUUUUAUGUUUUUCCCCACUUUUGUUAUAAUAUAUUUAUUAGAUUGUUUGAGUAUUGGUACCUUUUAUUAAAAGGGUCAAUUUGGAAUUUAGCCAUCAUGUUGGUUUUUGGAUUUUUACAAAUACUAUGAGUAAUAGAUCUUGGCUUCCUGUGGGAAGUCAGUUGACUUCCAUACACUAUAAUAUACUGUGAACAUAUUUUAUUACCUAGUAAAUCAACGAACAAACAUGCAAAUCAUGAGCAUAAUGUGAACUAAAAUUAAAACUGAAAAUAUUAGUGAUCGUUUUGCAGCAGUUAAAAACAGCACUUUAUUUAGAUGAAAACUGGAUUUCUUAUCUUUGAUGUAUCUUGAACUGAUUACUGCUCACAGCUUAAAUAAGCAUGCCAAUACUUCAUUUGUUUAUGCUUGAAGUGAAAUGUUUUACUUUUCACUGGAGAAGACAAAAACAAAACAAAACAACAAAACAGGGUGAUCUUCACAUUAUUGUUUAUUCAAGUGAUGAAACUAUAUCUUGCCUUGUUUAGAGGUAAAUUCACAUUUAUAAACAUUUUGUCUCCUUUUUUUCCUUCCAUAACACAUGCAGUAAUCACUACCCAGGAGGUGUCUUUUAAACACCUUUUAAAAAAGUGUCUUUAAGGAGAAACACUUUCCAAUUAAAUAAAGGUGAUUGAUAUAGGGAACUGUUUGUAUUAUAUGUAACCCAUAUAUUUGACUGCAGGUUGCAAAGUUUUUAAAAAAACUGAUGAUCUCUAAUAUAUUUGAAACUGACUUAUAAGGAAAACUAUUGAAAAAAGUCUUUGAAAUGAUUCUGGAAGCUAAUUUAUCGGAAAAAAUGUCUUAAUUGGAAACCUACAAAAGUAAUAUCUAAAUGCUAAGUCAUAAAUUCAGUACAUUUUCUUUCUUUUUUUUUAAUAUGUAAAGAGGUUUUUUUCUUUUAAACUACCAGUCAUAUAAUAAUAGUUCUACUUCUCCUUCUCCUCCUCCCUUCCCCUCUCCCCACUUAAUUUUUUUUUCUCAUUCCAGAGCUUUGCUCAGCUCUAGCUUAUUGUAGUGGAGGGGACUGAACCUGGGACUUUGGAACCUAAGGCAUCACAGUCUAUUUGCAUAACUAUUAUGUUACCUUCCAUGGCAAGUAAUUCAUUUAGUAGAUUCAGCUCAAAUUAAGUAUACAUGGAGAAUCAUUUGAAUUAAAGAAAUAUAGAAGGUAGUACAGAGUCAUUGAAAUGACUUUGUGGAACAAGAAGAUUGGAAGAAUACCAAAAUGUCCUUAUCCACCAACACUCCAUUGGUUUUUUUUUUUUAAACUUUAGAGCUCUGAUAAUUUUUUCCCUCUUCCUUAUCAACACAUGACUACUAGGCAGCUACAUUUCUUCCUCUAAACAUUUCAUGUUAUGUCAAGAUAAUAGCGUGCAAACACUUUAAAUUUCUCACUUCCCAUUCUUCAAAUAAAGCAGAGUGAUGUGGAACAUGUGAGACCAUUGUGAGGUCAGUGGUAGUACAAAGGCUCAGCAACAUUCCCUCAAGCGGUCUGGGUUUUUUUUUUUUUUUUUUUUGUAAUUUUCUGGCAGGAAUGAGUGGAGCUGCUGCAUUUCUUGUACCUGCUGGAGGUUUUAAAGUAAGUUACAGUCUUUCACACACUUGAGAAAGAGACGUUGUUUGCGUUAUUGAUGACUACUUUAGCCUCUUGAAGGUGGUGUGUUAUGCUGAAAACAUCAUUUGUUUCAAAGUAGAAUCUGGUCGGAUGGUAGAGUCUGGUCCGGUUACAGGGAUGCGCUCCCUUUGCACAGCAGAAUGAAGUGCACUGGUGUGGGGCACAUGCAGCUGCUGCUUUCAGUAGGAGUUGGGCUGUGUUUAGUUUUAUGGGCUGAUGGACUUUGGGUAUAAGAUGAAAUGGAAAAAGUAGAUGACAAAAAUGAUCCCUAUGCAUUUAUUUUCACGGGUGCCCUUAAUCUCAUGGGCAUACCUAACAGUGAUGUUCUAACUGGAGCUUAGGGCUUAUUUUAGAUACUGGAGUGUAGCUUUAUUACAGAUGGAUUUUUAUCUUUUAAGCACUGAAUUUUGAUCAACUUUGUGUAUUCAUGUGUAUUGAAAUAUUGUGCUCUAAAGGUUUUGCCCGUGUUUGCUAUUAUAUGGCCAAGACAUUGAUCAGCACUAUUGUGGUUAAUUCAUGUCCAUGGCAUGGGUCAGGGGAAAUAGGACUUCCUGCUUUUCUGCCUAAUUACAUUUCUGCGUGCCAGUAUUACAUUAAUUUAUUUCUAACUUCCAUUUCUGUAUAACCAAAAUAGUUACUGUAUUUAUGUGGCAUUCAUUUGAGUGUGUUGCUAAGAACAGCUUAGUUUUAAUUUUAAAUAACCUGUACCUGAUUUUUUUUAUGUAUCCAAUUCAAGCACUUUAAGCAAUGUCAAUCUUGUGAAAUUUCAAUCAGUUUAACACCCUGCCUCUAAAACUGUUUGCAAAAAAAAAAAAAAGAAAAGUAACAUCAAUAAAUGAAAUAGGAAUUCUCUUCCUAGAGAAUUAUAUCUGAGUAAUGUUACAUAGGUAGGCUUAAAUUCUUUUUAUGAAGUAGAAGUCACCAGGAAGACUUGUGUUUGAGUGGUCAUGCUAAACAGUUGUGAAGUUCUGGACAUUUGAGGAGCCUUUCGAUAAGUAUAGUGUAUUAAGGCAGUGCUGCCAUCAAAGCUGAUAAAGCCAGUGUUCUGGAGACAAUACACUUUUUUUUUAAUUAUUAAAUGAAUAAGAUCAACAGAGUUAAUCUAGAAACCUGUAUCUGCGGAGUAGCAAAUUAAGAAUAUCAGUGUAAAAAAAAAUCAGGAGUAGUCAAUUAGGCAUUGCAGUGAAUUGUUUAGCAGGAGUUUUACAUAGUAAAUCAUCUUUAGUAAUUAUGAAAUGAAGAUAUUCAUUGCUCGGAUGGGGAAGCAGCUCCCAGCUCCUACCAACAUCUGUCCUGAAAAUGUUAAGAGGGGUGCAGUUUUGGCCUUGGUGUGCUAACAGUCAACCCCAAACUCGGAAUGGGUUCUGAGCUUGGUGAACCCACCAUUCCCUACAUUCCCUACAUGGGCCUGCUAGAAGGGGGCAGGAGAAUGCUCAAAUCAGUGAUCUGAGCAUGGCUGUACUGAGUGAGACUCACUUGCUUUUACUGUGCUACCCCCCACCCCCAGUCCCAAUCCUGUCUGUCUGGGAGACCGUGUGUGGACAGGAGAUUGUCAUCAAGUACAUGUGCCUAGGCAUAGACCUACUUGUGGUAACAAAACCUCCAUUGUGUCUCUGCUUACCUUUUCUCAGGAAAACUACCUGUGUCGUCCAUGAAGGAUAUAGGAGGGAAAAAACAUAGGCUUUCCUGAUUGAUGCUUUUUUUUUUUUUUUUUUUUUAAACCAGAGCACUGCUGCUCAGCUCUGGCUUAUGGUGGUGCAGGGGACUGAACCUGAGACUUUGGAGCCUCAGGCAUGGGAGUCUUUUUGCAUAACUUACGCUCUCUCCCCUACUCUGGGAAAAAACUUUGGGGAAGAUCAAGAGAGAGAGAGAGAGCACUGUGCCACAGCACCUGGGGAAGCUCCCCUGCUGUACUAUCUUUUCCUCACUCUCUUUCUGAAUGGAAAAGGCAAACUGGGAAAAGCGUUUUUCUUUUCUAGUCUUCAUUUUGUCUACCUGUCAAAUGAGGUUUAUAGGCCAAGCCUGGCACCCUCAGCAUGACACUAUUUCUAGGGAGUGGAAAUUCCUCUAAAUUCCCUUCCCUCUGUUCAUUUAGUAUGUAAGACACCUUUAGCAGGGAAUGAAUGAAGCCUACUUUUCCAUUGCCUUACAUUAAUACACAAAGAUAAAAAAUAUUUUUGUUCGUUUUGUUUUUCCUUGAGGGGAGGAGAUUCUUGAUUGUAGGGAUAACACUAAAGACCAGCCAGUAAGUUUGGCCUCCUGCUGGGCCCGGUGAAGAGAUCUGUCAGUGAGCACAAGUGGACAUUGUGAUAGAAGUGAGGGACCAGGAAGGGGAAGCAGCACCCCCUGGAAGUCCUUGGAAAAGAGAAAUUCAGAUUGUAGAGCAAACUGGGGGAGCCCCUCAGAGUAGGCACAACUUGGUACUGGGCCUGGGUCGUAAUGUGAAGAUGGAUAUUAUUAGAUAAAGCAGGCUUUGUUUUACCCUUUGGAUUCCCCUCUCACACCCACACACCCCACCCCUUGUCCUUCCUACCUGCUUUUAGUGUUGCCUUAGCCAAUCUCUUACAUCCUAGGGAACAAUACAGUUUAAAGGAUAAUGUGUAAAAUCAUUACAUGGCAACAAUGAACUUAAGCAUUUGCCUCUCAAGUCUCAUGUUAAAAGAGCCAGAAUAUUGGAAGUCUUAACUGCAUUUUAUGAAUAAAAAAAUCUAAAAGUCUCUUUACAUUACUACCAAAUGAUUAAAGCCUAUCCAAACUUAUCAGAAUCAAUCAGGGCAUUAGCAUUUUUUCCAGCUGUGUGAUAAAUGAUUUUAUUGGCUUGCCAACCUAUGUUCCAGUUUUUGGAUUCAAUUAUGUUUUAAUAGUGCUUUGGACAACAUGUGGUAGAAGCUUACAAAGAAAUGAAAAGUAACUUCAUUUUGGUUAUGAGAUACCAGAAUCAGAUGGCGUUAGAUUUUGUAAAAAGGAUUCCUAAACUGUGCUCAUUUUCCCACGAUUCAUAAUAAAGUAUUUAUUAACAA